GCGUCGCAUGUUGUGACGUCAUAAUCCAGCGCCGCCCUAACCUCAAUUCUGACAACAGCGCCUUGCCGAAUUCGAGGAACAACAACAACAACAUCGUUUUAUUGCUUACCGCGCACACCCGCGCCUGGAACACGCAGAUAUUUGCUUUUAAAGAAGUGGACACUCAGGCUGCGUCGUCGCCCUUCCUGGCUGUCCAUCAGCGGUCUCUGCCUCCGCCGCCAUGACAGACACCAAGCGUCUCGCCUUCUCCAUCAUCCGAUACCUCCACGAGCAGCUGGAGUCAGGAAAUCUGUCGUCGGGCGCCCAGGAGAGCCUGGAAGUGGCGGUCCAAUGUCUGGAGACGGCGUUUGAAGUGUCCAAAGACGACCAGAGCCUCGACGUCCCCAUGACGUUACCUGAGAUUUUCGUCGCCGCUGUCGGCAAGUCGCAGGUCAACAACAACACCACUACAAACUCCAUCAGCGAGGAGCAGAGAGCAGAGGCAGAGAGACUCAAGACGGACGGAAACGAUCAAAUGAAAGUGGAGAACUUUGCUGCCGCUGUUGAGUUUUAUUCCAAAGCCAUCGCCGCCAACCCUCAGAACGCCGUCUACUACUGCAAUAGGGCGGCGGCGCUGAGCAAGCUGGGAAACUACGCGGGUGCCGUGCAAGACUGCGAGCAGGCCAUUAGCAUAGACCCAAACUACAGCAAAGCUUACGGCAGAAUGGGGUUGGCAUUGGCGAGCCUCAACAAGCACACGGAGGCGGCGUCGUUCUACAAGAAAGCCCUAGAACUGGACCCUGACAACGACACGUAUAAGUCCAACCUGAAGAUCGCGGAGGAGAAGAUGGACACUACUAGUCCUACGGCGGGCAUGGGCGGAGUGGACCUGGCUGGACUGCUCAGUAAUCCUGGUUUCAUGAACAUGGCGUCGUCGCUGAUGACCAACCCACAGGUGCAGCAGAUGAUGUCAGGAAUGAUGUCUGGGGCCUACGGCGGAAUGGGUGGUGGAGGAGGCGGUCCAGCAGCAGCCGCAGCAGCAGCAGCAACAGGAGGAGGAGUAGGAGUAGGCGGAGGAGGACUACUCGGCGGAGGAGUAGGUGGAGUCCCCGGAGGCGCACCAGCUGGAGAUUUAUCGGGACUCAUCCAAGCAGGUCAACAGUUCGCGCAGCAGAUGCAGCAACAGAAUCCUGAACUCAUCGAGCAGCUCAGGAGUCAAAUCCGCAAUCGGGCGCCCAGCGCGGGAAACGAGGAGCAGCCGUGACGCACCCGCGCGGGGGUACUUUUCACCUGGACCGUUUGUUGUAACACGAAGGACUCGAGGAGGGCGCCAAUUGUUUCAUCACUGAAGAAUUCUUGCAUGAGCCAAGAGCCUCCACGUCGCCACCAGCCACACCCCUCGAAGGAAGCCCCUCCCACUUCCUGUGUGUGUCAUAAAGGCAUUGCGCUGGUUCUACAAUUAAAGAACAUUUUAUGACUGCU